AUGGUUGAAAUUGGCAGCGAGCUGCAUGGAUUGAAGCUGAAAACAAUCAGUGUUGGUGGAGUCUCAGGAAAUCAUGGCAGCGUUCUUCAUGGGUUCCGGGGCUGUAUACAGGGGGUUCGAAUUGGUGAGACACCAUCUACGGCACUGGUAUUGAAUAUAAACCAAGCUGAAAAGGUGAAUGUGGAGGGAGGCUGCAGCAUUCCUGAUCCUUGUGAUUCCAGCCCAUGUCCUACAAACAGCUACUGCAGUGAUGACUGGGAUAGCUACUCCUGCAGCUGUGACCCAGGUUACUAUGGUGAGGAUUGUAAGGAUGUUUGCUCACUAAAUCCUUGUGAACAUCUGUCCGUGUGUACCCGCAAACCCAGUUCUUCUCAUGGCUACACUUGCGAUUGCUCAGUAAAUUAUUUUGGACAAUACUGUGAGACUAAGAUUGACCAGCCUUGUCCUAGAGGAUGGUGGGGGAAUCCUAUGUGCGGACCCUGUAACUGUGAUACAAGAAAUGGAUUUGAUGCUGACUGUAACAAGACCUCUGGAGAAUGCAGGUGCAAGGAAAACCACUACUGGCCUCCAGGAAGCAAUGCCUGCUACCCCUGUGAUUGUUACUCAAUUGGUUCACUUUCUCGCUCCUGCAAUACGGAGACAGGACAGUGCCAGUGUAAACCUGGUGUGAUUGGAAGGCAGUGCAACCGCUGUGACAAUCCAUUUGCAGAAGUCUUCACUCAUGGGUGUGAAGUGAUUUAUGACAGUUGCCCACGAGCCAUGGAGGCAGAGAUCUGGUGGCCCAGAACUAAGUUUGGACUCCCUGCCGCAGUACCUUGUCCCAGAGGAUCAAUGGGAACAGGAAUCCGACACUGUGAUGAACACAGAGGCUGGCUCCCUCCUGAUCUCUUUAAUUGUACAACGAAUGCUUUUGUAGAGCUGAAAGCCUUUGCUAAUAAACUGAAAAGGAAUGAGACUUUGCUGGACAUGGAAAAAUCCAAGAAAAUUGCCCUGAUGUUGCGGAAUGCCACCCAGCACACAGAUGAAUAUUUCGGCAGUGAUGUCAAGAUUGCGUACCAUGUGACCUCAAAAAUCUUAGAAUUUGAGAACACGCAGCAGGGAUUUGACUUGGCUGCAACCCAGGAAGUCCAGUUCACAGAGAACCUUAUUAAAGUUGGAAGUGCAAUUCUUGAUGUCAGCAACAAGAAGCAUUGGGACAUAAUCCAGCAAUCAGACGGAGGAACUGCACACUUGUUAAAACACUAUGAAGAUUAUGCAAAUACUCUGGCACAAAACAUGAGAAAAACCUACCUCAGCCCCUUCACCAUUGUCACACCCAAUAUUGUGAUUUCAGUAGAUCGUCUUCGCAAAAUGAACUUCUCUGGAGUGAAACUUCCACGAUAUGACUUCAUCCGAGGAAAGAAACCAGAAGACUUGGAGACCAUUGCCAUCCUUCCAGAGACUAUCUUUACACUUGCAGAAACUAAAGAAAAUCCCAAAGUGCCAACCUCCUCAUCUGAAGAUGAAAACACAGCUCCGAACAGAAAACGGAGACAGUCUGAUUCAAAUGAGCAGGAUGCCAUUGCUAGUAUAAUUAUCUAUUGGACGCUGGGACAGCUUUUACCAGAACAUUAUGAUCCUGACAAAAGAAGUCUAAGGGUUCCUAAGCGACCUGUCAUUAACAGCCCCAUAGUAAGUGUUGCCGUCCAUGACAACGAUGAGUUACUUCAGCACCAGUUGGAAAAGCCAAUCAGAGUGCAGUACAGGCUUUUUGAAGCUGAAGAACGAUCCAAGCCGAUUUGUGUCUUCUGGAACCAUUCCAUCCCUGUCGGUGGAAUCGGAGGCUGGUCAUCAAAAGGAUGUGAAUUAGUCUUCAGGAACGAGACCCAUAUCAGCUGCCAGUGUAAUCAUAUGACAAGCUUUGCUGUUCUGAUGGACAUUUCUAGACGAGAGAAUGGUGAAAUUCUACCUCUGAAGCUGGUCACAUACUCCACUGUAGCUGUCUCACUCAGUGCUUUGCUGCUGUCCUUCUUGAUUCUCCUGUUUCUAAGGACCCUUCGUUCAAACCAGCACAGCAUCAGUAAAAACAUGGUAGUCGCUCUCUUCUUGUCUGAACUCAUCUUUGUCCUUGGAAUUAACCAAGCAGAUAACCCAUUUGUUUGCACUGUGAUUGCCAUUCUGCUCCAUUUCUUCUACAUGUGCACCUUUGCCUGGAUGUUCUUGGAAGGGCUUCACAUUUACCGCAUGUUAACAGAGGUUCGUGAUAUCAACUAUGGCCCCAUGAGGUUCUACUACAUGGUUGGCUGGGGUGUCCCUGCCUUCAUCACAGGGUUAGCUGUUGGCCUUGAUCCCGAGGGUUAUGGUAAUCCUGAUUUCUGCUGGUUGUCAAUCUAUGACACUUUGAUAUGGAGCUUUGCAGGUCCCAUAACAGCAGCGGUUUCUAUGAAUGUUUUUCUUUAUAUUCUGUCUGCCAAAGCUUCCUGCAGACCAGGGCACCAAGGUUUUGAAAAGAAAGGAAGUGUGUCUGGACUACGUACAGCAUUUGUGGUGCUGCUGCUUGUCAGCGCAACCUGGUUCUUGGCCUUGCUGGCUGUGAACAGUGACACCAUUAUUUUCCACUAUCUCUUUGCUGGUUUUAAUUGUCUCCAGGGUCCAUUUAUUUUCAUCCGUUGCAUCCUCAACAAUGAAGUAAGAAAAGCUUUUAAGUAUGUUUUCAGUAAGAAGCACACAGAUGACACUGUUGGCACAACAAAAUCAACAUUGGCAUCAUCAUUGUGUAACAACACAUAUAUUGACAGUCGUGCAUGUCACUCGGCCUUUGGCAAUUCAGCUGGGUCAGUAAGCAGCACUUCGAGGUCAGGGAAAAGCCAUAACAGCUACAUUGCAUUCGUCCUCAGGGAAGAAGCCGCCUUGAAUAAUAGUACCUCAAGUCAAGCCCAUGUUGCACUCACUGACCAUGCCACUUCGUUAUUCCAUGAGAUUAAAACAAACCCAGAUGAACACGAUUCAGACUCUGACAGUGAUCUGUCACUGGAAGAUGACCAAAGUGGGUCUUAUGCCUCCACUCAUUCUUCAGAUAGUGAAGAAGAUUUUCAAGGAGAUCCAGGUUGGGAGAAAAUUAUAUCCCCAAAUAAUGAAAAACAUCAUCACCACAGUACUCCAAAAGUGGACAACAUAUCUGCUCAUGUGAAACCUUAUUGGCCAGGAGAAUUUAUGACAACAGCAAGUGAAAGUGAAGGUCAUGGCGGGUCAGAGAAUUUGAAAGUCGAAACUGUGGCAAACAUUGAGCUUCACCGAGAAAAACUUAACCAUUUGGAUGAGAAGCCAAAGGAAAAUGGAGAUAGCUUGUACAAAGAAAAUACAUUAUCAUUGCCUAACCCUAACGCACAACCUCAGAAAGGAAUUUUGAAAAAUAAAGCAUUGCCGUUAUUCUCAGAGAAAAACAGCAUCAAUCGAAUUCAUAACGAACUUUCCAAUCAUAAACCUGCCACUGUCUGCUCACGAGCAUCUUCAUUAGGAUCCAGUGAAGGAAGUCGGUCAGGAGGUGUAACAAAACUGAGGCAAACAACAGGGGAAUUGAAUGGAGUGAUGCCCAUACCUAUGAGUAUUAAAACAGGCACAGUGGAUGAAGAUUCAUCAGGGUCUGAUAGCAGUGAUGAGACCUCGAUAUGACUUCUCAUGUCAACGUAGGAUAAAGAGGAUUGCUGUAAAGCUGCGGUGAUGUCACUUUGCUUACUUCCUAAAGCACUGGUGACUGGUGACUUGUGCCUUGCCCCAAGGUGCAAUCUCGCACAUAAGUGGACUCUCUAAUGUGGAAAGGAAAGAAACUGCUGUCAUCAGGAGAGGGUGUCUGGAAGAAGCGAUCACUUGUUAUUGUCAGUGCCAAAUCUUGCUGAAAUGCUGUUCUGAACAAAGUGGGUGCCUGGAAACGAGAUUACACGAUGAUCAAAAUGCACCCAGACAUACUUUGGAACAGCGAGGACAGCACAUGGAGCAGCCAAAAUUCAAAGAAGCUAAUUAAAGCUUCAAAAUUUUGAGUUCUCAAACAAUGUGCAGAAAAAUGAAAGACUUAAAGCUUCAGGGAAUUUAUUGUAACUACUGUUUAUAUGAUGUCUGUUCAUGAUUAUAGCCCCACAUUGAACAUUCCCCGAGACAAUCUCAAUCAGCAGCUUUUUUGACUCCAACUGUCCAAAUUAUAGGAUAUAAGAGACAUGCAUUACAGGAAUAAUAUAAAUUACCUUACAAUAAGGUCAUAUAACUUGUAAUUAUGGCUAUCUUAAAUUUAAACCUACAGUUUUUUGAUGUGCAAAGAAAAGGAUUUAAUUCUGUUAAAAUUAAGAGAAUGUUUUACCACACUGAAAACUUGGUAUUUUUGUUUUUGUUUUAAUCAAUCAGAUGUUCAAUACAGUCAUAAUGGAUCAAGUAUUUUGUACAUAAACAACUGGCACUCUUCAGGAAUUGUAUGAAGUUAAAACACUGCACUCGGCCUGUUUAAUUUGGUAAUGAUGAACAUUUAUUGAGAAUCCAAUUAUCCAGUUCUGACUUUCUUUUUAAAUGUGUACAUUUAAAUAAGCAAUGCCUGCUUUUGAGUUUGUCUUUGGGAAACUACAUCGUCAAAGGUUGCACAUAUGGCAGUCCCCUUUGAAUAGCCCUCAUGAACAGAGCUGUACGCUGUAACUGUGCAAAUACAAGCCGUUAAACUGUAACUAUAUUCACCACAUGUGAAAUAAAAAUGCCUUUAGCCACAUGGCCUUCAUGCUCCAGCUGUAGUGGAGUUGUUCUCAGACCAAUGCCUACUUUGGACAUUUUUUUUUUCACAAGACAGUUGUUUGUAGAUAUUUUGAUAUAAUUUGUAAUUUGUCUUGAGAGAAAAUGUGUUGUACAUGCUUUUCUGUUUUAAGUUGGUUAACAUAGUUCUAAGAGAAAAGUGAGUAGAAAAUUGAGGAUGUUUUAUUUAAAAAAAUGCUGCUCAUUUUUUUUCUGUUAAUAUGGUGUCUGUUAAUAUUGUAUAGAUUCAAUGUUUGACUGAAAGUAAAGGCUUCCACUAUUUUAUCCGAGAAAAAAGAUGAUUUUUCCAUUGUUGUCACCACAAAAGACCAGAACACUGAAUGCUUUCUAACAGUGAAUUGUACAGUGUGUUCCUUAAUGUACAUACUGGCAGUUUUUAAAUAAAUGUAGUUGAAACAGAUAUAGUGACCUGAAAUUCACAGCAGUAUGGCAGAUUAUUUGGUUCAGAAUGUUUUAUUUCAUGAUUUAGGAACAUGCUAAUAUUCUAGUGCAGUUUCUAAGUUGAAAACACA